UCGUGACGCAGCUCACGGCGCAGGGGAAGAUGGCGGUGCUGGGGGAGUGCGCGUGUUGGGCCACGCGACCGUUGCUGCCGGUGGUGCGGACUUGGGAACUCGACGCGCGGCGCUGGGUCCGGGCGCUGCGGCGCAGCCCCGUGAAAGUGGUGUUUCCAUCAGGUCAGGUCGUGGAACGGAAGCCCGGUCCCGGGAAGCAGCCUCGGAAGGCGGCGGCAGAGACCAGUCCCCGCGAACAGCGACUGAAGCAGUCGCGUCAGGUUCCCCCAUCCCAGACCCCCAGCACCUGGGAAGAGUCGGGGCUUCGCUAUGAUAAGGCUUUCCCUGGAGACAAAAGGCUGAGCAGUGUGAUGACAGUAGUUAAGUCCAGGCCAUUUCGGGAAAAGCAAGGGAAGAUCCUGUUGGAAGGUCGUAGGCUGAUUGCAGAUGCUCUCAAGGCUGGUGCUGUGCCCAAAGUUUUCUUCUUUAGCCGUCUGGAAUACAUAAAGGAGCUGCCCAUUGAGAAGCUGAAGGGUGUUAGCCUCAUUAAGGUGAAAUUUGAGGACAUCAAGGAUUGGUCCGACCUAGUAACACCACAAGGAAUAAUGGGGAUUUUUGCCAAACCUGACCACGUUAAGAUGACAUACCCAGAGACUCAGCUUCGCCACACACUGCCCAUAUUGUUGAUUUGUGACAAUCUCCGCGACCCUGGGAACCUGGGGACAAUUCUGCGAUCUGCUGCUGGUGUAGGCUGCAGCAAAGUGAUACUCACCAAAGGCUGUGUGGAUGCCUGGGAACCCAAAGUGCUGCGGGCAGGUAUGGGCGCACAUUUCCAAGUGCCCAUCAUCAACAACGUGGACUGGGAAGCAGUGCCCAACUACCUGCCCGCCGACACCCGCGUCUACGUGGCUGACAACUGUGGCCUUUACACGCAGGCCCAGGCCCAGGCCCAGAUGUCUAAUAAGGCCAGUGACUGCGGCUGGGUAUGUGACCGACGACCCCUACAGUUUCACAAGUAUGAGGAGGAGGAAGAGAAUCUAGAAAGUGCAGCCAAUAAAGGCUGGCUCCCUGAACUUGAGGUCCAGAGUUACGACUCAGACUGGACAGAGGCACCUGCGGCUGUGGUGAUAGGCGGGGAGAGCAGCGGCGUGAGCCUGGAGUCCCUGCAGUUGGCUGAGAGCACGGGCGGCGGGAGGCUGCUGAUCCCUAUCGUGCCCGGUGCGGACGGCCUGAGCUCGGCCAUGGCUGCGAGCGUCCUGCUCUUUGAAGGGAAGAGACAACUGCGGGCGAGGGCGGGGCGCUUGAGCGGGGACGGGAGUCGCCACUGAGAGGGAGGGGACGUGGAAGCCACCACUGAGAGGGAGGGGACGUGGAAGCCAGUCCUCAGUUUUAGGUCGUCUCUGUGGUUAUUGGAAAAAUAAGAACUUCCCUGACUUUCUGCGUAGCCUCAAAAAUACCAAAGGUCAAAAUUCCUCCUGAGAUCUCCAUCUUCCCACCGACUUUUAUAUAUGUGUGUAUAUGUACAUGUGUGUGUGGGUAAGAGAGAGACAACGUAAGUAAAUGCUCCUCAUGGCUCUAUGUUUUUAAAAAUUGUCCACCAAGGAGCAUCUUUGUGCCCAGAAAGUUGCUGAGGGCAUCACCUUGGGUAGGGAGGACCCCUCCCUCCACAGCUGGGGGUGCUCUGCAGUCAUGGAGCGCUGGUUAGAGGCCGGCCUUGGUCGGUCACUCCUGUGAUCAUUGGUCAAUGGAAAUUAAACCCCUGUGAAGUGUAGACCAGCAGAUUAAAAAGUUUUAUUUCAGUGUGGUCAGUGGGUCUCAAUGCCUGUCUUUUCAUCUUUGGCCUAGUGAUGAGGACAUUGCUGAGAUUAAUGACCCAGGAAGCUGAGGGCUACAGGUGAUGGCGUUCAGUAGCUGGCUCUUCUUUUGGCUUGGCUGUGUUAAUCUCUGUGGUUGUUAAUUCAGGCCAUGACUUAAACACUGUUUAUGUGUGACACAAUUUUUUCCCCCCAUUUCUGGUGAAAGAGCUGAAUUCAUCAGGUGGUAUUACACCUUCUUAGCACCUCUGCAGAUAUCUUUUUGAGAACUUGGUUCAGAAAAGGAGGAAACAGUUCUUAAAUCUUCAGCUUAAUCCUGCAUCUGUCAGCAAAGCUGUACCCUUUUUACUAGCUUCCUGCUGUUAGUCCUACUUUGUAUAACACUUUUGGUUAAAUGUAAUGACUUACUUGUUUACAUUAAUCCCCCAUCCUGCAUAAACAGAACUGUUAGGAAAAUGCCACUGUUCCUGGAGGCUGUGUGAACAGAGGCUCCUGCGAGGGGAGAGGCUGAGGUUCUGAGGAUGAGAGCUUGGGGCCCUUGAGCCCACAACUCUGCAGCAAGACCCUGCUGUUCUUCUCCCUCUCACACCCCCAGGGCAAGCUGGCUCCUUACUCACCAAGUGCCAGCGGGAUGUAGCCAGGGACACGAGGGCAAAGGCAGGUGGUCAUCGCUGUGUAAGUCACUGUGUGUGUGUGAGGUGGGAUGGCGGGAACUAGAGUAUGGGACCUAGUUCAAGCAGUGCUUUUACAACCACAGCGAAUAUGGUUGGAGUUGAGGACAAAGACACUAGCAGUGUAGUGUCACCACGUCCCUUCCAUACAGUGGCCCCUGUCAUGGUUGGGGUUCCUUGGGAGCCCUUCAGCUGCUCCUCACAGGGAGGUCCAAUGAGUUGCAGCGUGCCCAAGACGAACCGUGGACCCCUCCCUCCCCCCUUGGCUCGCCCAGCUCCCUGGUAAGGCCAAAGGUCACGCAAGACCCUGCCCCAAGUGGUGCCCCGGUGGGAUUGCUUUGUUAUGUUUGAGGGGAGGGGUUUUUAAAGGAACAAUCAUCUCUUUGGUUGGCUGUGCUCUCUCAGGGUGACUGGCCGGAAGUUGCUCUGGUGUCCCACUCUGGUCUGGGGCUGCCCAGGGCCCUGCACAAAUGUUGGGUGACAGUGGCCCCCAAAAUGUUCUUGAGACUCACCAUCCCCCAUCAGCUUUUAAGAAGUAGAAAAGCCCACAGCCUUUAUGCUGUGUUGAGCCCACAAAGGCUGGGGCCCUCUGCCAGCUUCACAGCUAUAAUGCCCGUCACACCAGCAGGCGAAAUUGGGGGCGGUGGACACCGGAGAACAAUACCACUCUAUUGACAGUCUCCCAACACCUUGGAAAAGUGCUAAAGAAACACGAGGCUCGCAGAAACUAACUAACACACCAUUGUAAAGCAAUUAUACUCCAAUAAAGAUUAAAAAAAAUAAAAA